CACUGUCCCGUCCCUUUAAAGGAAAUAAUCACUGUUUACUUUUCCAGAUUAGAAUAAUUUCGUCAUUCACUGAAACAUUUUAACAGCGUUCGUUUCAAUUUCACAUCAGAUUCGGUUUAAAUUUCUCUUCGGUGAUCAUUCCGAGCAGCAAAAAUGGGAGAUAUACCUUUUUCAUGGACCGUUGACUUAGAAUUGAGUAGAAUUCGAACAUUGUAUGGAAAUGGAGAAAAUCCCGUUUUGCCUUACGAACCACCGAGCACUGUUAUCAAGGUAUCGAAAUUCCAUUUAGGUACUGCGGCAGAUACGGAAUGGCUAUUGCAGUUCGAACAUACUAAAAUAUAUGACCAAUCGUUUUAUGGUCAGCAAGAAAAUGCCAUUCUGUUGCUGGAAAGAAGCAACAGUGAUGGGGCAGUCGAAAUUGAAGGCACCGUUUCCCUGUACGACCUGACCACGCACAAACGGUUAAGCAAGACGGACUUUAACAAUUAUCUAGCUGAUGGCGAUUCUACUUUGCCUAUACCACUGGACUUAACAAUGUCUGAAUUUUCUUAUAUAGUUUUCGAAAACUCGAAACUGUGUGUCCAAGGUAAUGUGUCCAUUUCACAUUCUGACGAUGUUGUGGUCAACACUGGGGGUGAAGUUAAUUCAUCGGAGAUACACAUCAUACAGAACAAUCCGUUAGCGCAAUUGUCUUAUGAUUUUUUGUCUCUGUUAGAAGAAGGUACGUUUUCAGAUGUGACUAUAAAAUGUGAUUCUUCAGAAAUUCUUGCUCACAAGAACGUCAUGUCGGCGAGGUCGCCUAUUUUCGCAGCCAUGUUCAAAUCCAGUAUGGUCGAAGGCGAAGGUAACGAACUGGUGCUAACGGACGUGAAGUUACCCGUUUUACAAAAAAUGCUGAAAUUCUUGUACAGCAGUCAGGUGACAGAUUUAGAUUACGAAACGGCUUGUGAUCUCUUGUUUGUGGGUGAUAAGUAUGAGAUUUCCGGAUUAGUUAGAAUUUGUGUGGAAUACUUAAAGUCUAGUUUGACAGCUGACAACGCCCUGGAAAUGUUAACAGUUGCCGAUUUGUACGAUAGUGGUUUGAAAGACUAUGUUAUGAAUUAUAUUAGUUGCUAUUUUAGCUAUUUUGAGGACACUAAUGAAUUGAAGGCAUUGAAAGAGAAUAAUCACACCUUAAUAAUUGAACUAUUAGAGUAUACUAUAAAAUAUCGUUUUAGUAAAAAAUUUAAUGUCAAAAGCACAUUUGAGGAUAACCUAGCAAGGGAGUAGUACUUAUAAGUGUUUGUUGGAUGAUUCAUAUAAUUUGUUUAAUAUUUUAGUUCGAAAAUGUGGACGUCGUAAGCUAAAUAAAUGAUCCGGUUCUUUGCAAACAACCGACGAUAAUUUGCAACACGCCAGGUAAAUUGAAAAAGUCUUCAGUAUUUUUUAAUCAGCUUCACAGUUUUUAGGCUCAUUGCAAUAAGCUCAUUUACAAUUGGUCAAAUCAGAGAAUAUCAUAUGCUUCAAGAAAUAAACAUAAUAUGCAUUCAGAAGUAAGUUGAAAUUUUGAAGCUCUCGAUGUUGUUGUUUUUAUUUUUUUAAUCUCAUGAUUUCGGUAGUAUUCUUGAAACUAAUUGCAUUCAUCAAAAAAUAUUUAAUUCAAUUAAAAAGUAGUUUACUGAUGGAAAAUUUCAGGUAAAAAAUUUAUGCUUUAAGGCGAAUUUUAA